UUUUUUUCCCCCAUGAUUGGCACAAAUGGCAUGCUGCAACUGGGUGAGCCACUUUCCCAUGACAUGAUCCAAAAAUGGAUCAACAAGGUAGUGGUGGGGUCCAGAAUUCCCAGAACAUUCACAAUGCAUUGCUACUGUUGUGGUGGAGCACAAUACUGCUUCAUGUUUGUGCCAGUGGGGCAGUGA